GGAGCGCUUCGGGGCACGGGGAGCCCCAUCUCGUGUUCGGCGUCGGCCCGGCGGCGCCUUGAGAGCCUGCGGGUUUUGCUGUGCCUGCAGAAAGCACCUCCAGGAGAUCCCGUCCUCCAGCAGCAAUGUUUCCAGCAGCUUCACCUGGGACUGGGACUCCAGCAAGACCUCGGAUUUCCUCUCGGGCAUGGGAGUGUCUGUCCUUAAGAAGGAUAAGCUGGGCAAUGAAAACACCCCUCAGGACCUGCUGGUGUCGUCACCCUGUCCUCCUCAGAAACGGCAGAAGGUGAAGGAGAAGGAAAAGGACUUUGUCAUCGUGCGCCGGCCUCGGCUGCUCCGCGAGGCAGAGUCAGGUGCAUCUGAAAAUGCACUUCCAGAUGAAUUACUUUUGGCAAUCUUUGCGUAUUUGCCCCUAAAUGACUUGCUAAAAGUUUCCCUGAUUUGCAAGAGAUGGCAUCGUCUUUCGUUUGAUGAAUCUCUCUGGCAGACUCUUGAUCUGACUGGUAGAAAUCUGCUGCCAGGAGUGAUUGGACAGUUGCUGCCUGCAGGUGUUACUGUAUUCCGCUGCCCAAGAUCUUGUAUUGGGAAUCCAUUGUUUAAAACAAGCAAACCUCUCAGAGUUCAACAUAUGGAUUUGUCGAACUGCACAGUCUCUGUUGCAGACCUCCAGAGUAUUCUGUGUCUGUGUGAAAGGCUGCAGAACCUCAGCUUGGAGGGACUAGUCCUAUCUGAUGACAUCAUCAAGAGCAUUGCUAAGAAUCCUGGUUUGAUACGACUAAAUCUCUGUGGGUGCUCAGGGUUUUCUGCAGAAGCCUUGGAGCUGAUGUUGAACAGCUGUUCUACGUUGGACGAGCUGAACUUGUCCUGGUGUGACUUCACAGCCACCCAUGUCAAAGCAGCAGUCAACCAUAUUACUUCAAGAGUAACCCAAUUAAAUUUAAGUGGAUACAGACAGAAUCUACAGAUACCAGACGUUAAAACACUGGUGGAAAGAUGUCCUUUUCUGGUCCAUUUAGAUCUAAGUGACAGCGUGAUGUUGAAACCUGAGUGUUUCCAGUUUUUUCAUCAACUCAUCUUUCUACAACAUCUGUGUCUUAGCCGGUGUUAUCAGAUAUCACCUGCUGCCUUAGUAGAACUUGGUGAAAUUCCAACAUUAAAGACUCUUCAGGUAUUUGGAAUAGUGACUGAUAGCUCCCUACAGCUCCUCAAGGAAACACUUCCUGACUUGAAGAUCAAUUGUUCACACUUUACAAGUAUUGCAAGGCCAACUGUUGGCAGUAAAAAGAACCACGAGAUUUGGGGGAUCAAAUGCAGAUUGACACUGAGAAAUCCUAGUGGCUUAUGAUCAUGUACAAUGCACUGGAUGGGAUGGACACACUGUGUGAAACUCCUUAAAAAGCAGAGUGCUGGUGCACCUUUAAUCACAGUACUGUUAUUGUAAAAAGCAUUCUAACUUGGUCUUACGCCUUAAUGUAGCUUCAUAAAUAUUUUUACAGUGAGGUUUUUUUUUUACUUAAAGCCUUUAGAAAUCUGAUGAUCUAUGAGCAGUUUUAGAAUUUUUCCUUGUCUUUUUUUUUUUUAACAGGGGAGUUUUUAAAAAAUAUCAUGAAACAAUCAUUGUAAUUAAACAAUGUCAGCCUCUAGCAACUGUUGCAGGCUGUGAUGCAGCUAUUGUUGCUCUAAGGUGUUCUAAAGGUCCUUUUGGUUAAAUUCUGGCUCUACAACUCCUGAAACAGCUUGUGGAGGUGCUAGGUGUCUUAGUAAGGCUUACUAAGGAAUUGUCUUUGAGUUGGCAGAACUCAAAACGAAUAGUGGUAUUAAACCAAUUAAAAUCCUUAAUUGAACAAGAUGUUCAGUAAGAUGAGAAGCCGCCCAGUUUGUGGGUUGUUUCCUGUAUCAGCUGUUUCUUGUGGUGGUGCUAGGCUUUAUGAUUAGAUGUUGCAGAACCUUAAUGUAGCUUUGGUGAGCUUUAUCUCAGAUACGACGUCUUAAAAACGUUCUCUUGCUGCCUGUAAAGAACACGAUCUUUCAACUGCAACUCACAAAUUGGCAGAAAUCUUGCAGGAGGAGGGCCCAAGUGAUUCAAGAUCUCGAGACCAAAAUCAAAACUUUGGGACUGCAGUGUAAGAGUGCUGAAAGGAAGAGAUGGUCUGGUGCUAUUAAGACGCAUAAAUUUCUCUUUUAUAAUAGCUUAUGUUUGUAGUAUCAUUUCACUUCUUUUAUCUGUAACACUAACUACUACUGUCUAGGGGUGGGGUUUUGGGGUUUUUUUGUCAUAGGAAAAGCUGAAUAACUGUC